UUCGCGCGUUGCGUGUCGUGUCGCUCAAAUACGAGAUAUCGUGACUGAAAUCGCUUUUCUUUUCGCACUUUUGUUUUGUGCCAUGGCUAAGGAUAAAAAAUGGCAGCUGCUGCUGGAUUUAUUCUCGUUAGCGAGCGUGUUGGUCCCACUACUAACGCUGACGCAAGUGGCCCACCCUUUCGAGCGAGGCUUCUUCAUCAAUGAUGACUCCUUAAAACUGCCGUUCAAGGAGCAGACUGUCACAGAAGUCACCCUGGGUAUUGUCGGCUUCGUAUUAAAUGUGGCUACGAUACUGAUAAUCGAGUACCUCCAAAGCAGGAGGCAAAAGAACCCCGAACAGAAGUACAUCUUCGGUUUCGCGGUACCAGCUUGGGUGUGGCAGAGCUACGCUGCCAUAAGAACGUUCACAUUUGGCGCUGGGUGCCAACAGUUGCUGUCUAAUGUCACUAAAUAUGCUGUCGGGAGGCUCAGGCCAUACUUUAUGGAUGUAUGCCAGCCGGAAUACAACGAGACCUUGCCAGCGAACGUGCUGGGCUACAUUCAGGUCUACAACUGCCGCAACCGGUUCGAUCCCGCUUACCAGCCGUAUCUUAAAGACAUGCGACUGUCUUUCUUCAGUGCCCAUUCCAGUUUCGCGAUGUAUGCUGCAGUAUUUUUCAUUGUGUACAUCCAAUACAAAGGCAGAUGGCGUGGCUCAAAGCUGCUCCGUCACGCCGUCCAAUUCUUCGCAUUACUGACAGCCUGGUACGUGGGGUUGACACGGAUUGUGGAAAACUACCACCACUGGAGCGACGUUGCUGUUGGCUUUAUCAACGGAGCCAUUUUUGGAUUUUUAGUGGUAAUCUACGUCCUGAAGCCCACGAAACACCUGCCUCUGACCUGGCAAGACGCGCCCGAGAGCGCGCUCCCGGUGGCGCGGUGACGUCCGCGGCGCCAGCGGUUCAGACUCUUGGUCGUGCUGCAGUUCAUACUGAUGACGAUACUUAAUAAAUGAUAUGUGCUAUGAGGGAAUGAGACAAUUAUAUACAUGUGUUACGUGUCAUAUUUGCAGUGACUUUUGUAACUAGUGAGCGUGGUCAGAACGGCGACGAGCAGCGAGAAGUUAGAAGCGAUGGUGCCAGUUUUGUUUGUUAGGACAUCCGGCGUCCGCAAUGUUGCGUGUGUAUCCAAGCGAACGGUUUAGCAAAAAAAUAAACGUUUCUUAGGGGCAUGUCAAAAAAGUCUACCGCCACAAAAACUGUGUGAAUCGAUUCAUAAUAUCUUUCGCUUAAACCCACCAAACGCCUAUUCUUAAUAACAUUGCAAAAAGCUUCACCGAAGAGCUGCCUCCCGUUCGUUUAUAUCAUCUUUAUUAUAAAUUAUAAUUACAUUAAGUUCUACACUAACUAAUCAAAACAGUUUUUAUAACCUUUAUUUUGGUUAAACAAAUUUUGACUAGGAAAAUAAUGCAAGGAUCAAAAAGUAAAUAAUUACUUCCUGUCAUACGAGUAUACACUGCCAAAUUAAGGGUAAUGUUUAUUUAAGUAUUGUCUUCAGUUUCAUGCAUAUUUAUCCAUGUAAGUUUGAACGUUCUGGCGCCUAACGAAAAAGAACAAGCAAUUAGAUAUAUCAGUGUAGUGUACAGUUUUACUUAGACCACGGGUUUGAAACCCAGGAUGGGAUGUACCUACCAUUGUACAUCUAUUAUAAGUAAGGAAAUAUGGGGUAAAAUUGAAAGGUCUUUCUUGCAGGGUAAGAUAGAAGGCCGACUUAGUGCCGAAAACGUUAUACACAGCCCUCAAGAAAAACCCUUAAAUCUUAUCCCACUUUACAUAUAAGUAGCUAAUAAAUAAAUAAAUAUUAUAGGAAAUUCUUACACAGAUUGACUGAGGCCCACGGUAAGCUCAAGAAGGCUUGUGUUGUGGGUACUCAGACAACGAUAUACAUAACCCACCCGAUAUACAUAACGAUUCGAACCCGGGACCGCGGCGCAGCAGGCAGGGUCACUACCGACUGAGCUAGACUGGUCGUCAGCUAAUGAUUUUAUAAAACUAUAUUAUCUACAUAUUAUGACGUGCGUUUGUAAUCAGUACAACAUUUGUUAUAAUGAUAAGAUAAAGUGUUUGUAUUAAGAUACAUAUAAGUGUGACGCAUAAUUUA